AGCUUAACCGAAUCCAUUUUUUGAAUAAAAUGGGGGCGGCUUUGGGACUGAUGCGACGGAUUCAUCCUAAGCACUCGGAGAUGGCUCUCUCCACACUGCUUGGCCUCUUGCCUCACCUCUCCUCUGAUCACCUCUCUCAAGUCAAUCAACCUAUCUAGGGUGUGGUGUGGAGAUGUUUAGCCCCGACUCGCGUUUGGUUGCCGUGAAGGUUUAGGAAAAUGAAAGAAAAUUCAAUUUGAAUUUUGAAUUUUUGUAGAGUGAUAUUGAAGCCACCUAGUCCUAGCACUUGUAUUAGUAUAAAAAUUCAAUUUUGUCACCACUGUUACUGUUGAUUUGCUUGGAAGUUUCUAGCAGUGUUGAUGGAUUUUAAAAUUUUACAAUUUCUACUUUCUCUCUCUAUCAGCAUGUAAGCGUCUAAUAUUAUCUGUAUAUUUGACUGAAAUUUAUAGAAAUGGACGGUGUUGAUGAUUAGAAGAAGAAUCUGGAAGAGGAAAUUUUCAAAAACCCUUACCCUUUGUUUGGUUGUAGAGAAAACCGAGAGGAAAUUGAUAGGGGGAGAAAUUUUCAUGAUUGUGUGUCGUAUUUUCUUCUGGUUUUCUGAAAAUGAAAAUUCCCUCUCAACUAAUGUCAAGUGCUUAUAACAGAAAAUUCCCUAUCUUAUUUUUUACUUUGCGUGAUUAAUAGAAUUUAUUAUUCUUUAAAUGAAAUUUUAUUCAGGAAAUGUAAUUUUUGUCGAAACUAGCACUAUGUUUAGUGAGAGUGUGGUAUCUGAAAUAGCACAAAGUGGGCAAGAGGAGCAAAACAAUGAAACCUAGAAGGAGAGUGGGGCUUCAAAGCCCUAGCCGGAGGAGGAUUCAAAGUCUAGACAUAAUGACCUCAUGCUCAAGUCUGUUGAUCCAAACAACCAGGCAUUUGAGUGGAAGAAGCAGAUGUUUAUAGUUUUGGAAUUGUUGCCUUGGAAAUUGUCAGUGGAAGAAGCAACACUACUUAUAGGCCAAAAGAGGAAUGCAUCUAUCGUCUUGAUUGGGCACUCAUUAAAAGGGAAGGGGAAUUUGAUGGGUCUAGUCAACCCCAGAUUGGGCUUAGACUUCAACAAGGAAGAGAUCAUGGUGAUGAUCAACAUAGCUCUCCUGUGCACAAACGUCUCUCCAGCAGUCAGGCCAGCUAUGCCAUCAGUUGUGAACAUGCUUGAAGGCAGAAUUGCUGUUUGUGAUGACUUAAAGCUCAAGGAGAUGAUAUCGCUACGUCCAAGAAAAGAGCAUGGGUUUAGCAGUGGUGUGGCAUCUUAUUCAUACUAAGCUGAG